CAACCAAAAACAGGAAACACACGGCCCAGGACAGCGUCUCUGAUUUGAGCACACCUGUUCCUGUAAUGAUCCCGGCAGCAGAUAUUAACUCUACUGCAGCAGAAGCUCUGUGAUAGAGGCAUGGGCUGCAGUGUGGGGCUCUGGCUGUUGAUCUCUCUCAGCUGUCUUUGGGACAUGGGCCAUGGAGUGAGAGAGACAGUGCUGGGCACUUUGGGGAAGGCGUCAAUCUUGCGGAUACCCCCUGAACUCCAGAACCUCACCUUGCACUUUGGGACAGCUGUGUGGAAGCGGGACACAGAGGACCCACAGAGGAAGCUUGUUCUCCUCAAGUACUUGGGCGGCAACUACACCAACUACAUGAAGGGACGGACUCGCUUCCACGAGUUGGAUUUCUCCCUGGAGAUCCUGAACACCAGUCGGCAGGACAGGCAGCUCUACGAGUACAUUGUCAGCAAGGAGUCGGAGGAGAAAGUCUGGCAGAUACAGCUGGAGGUGUACGAGCCGGUGUCUGAUCCCAGCAUCCAGAUCCUCAGCUGGGAGCUGGCCAAUGGCAGCUGCACGAUCACCGUCAACUGCACAGCAGAGCGAGGGGACAGUGUCUCCUACAGCUGGGAAGGCUGGGAUGCUGGCACCUCGGGGCUCUGCACCCACAAUGGAAGCCUCCUGCACCUCUCCUACCCCCUACAGAACUCCAGCAUUGCCUGUGCCUGCACAGCCAGCAACCCUAUCAGCAGGGGUGUUGUUCCCUUCAAGUCCUUUGAAUGUAGCUACGAGCAAGGGGGCAGCACUGGGCUGAGGAUGGAGCACCUCGUGCUGAUGGUGGUGGCGCCCAUUGCCUUAGUGGUGCUGACCAUGGCCUUCGUCAUUGCUCAUUUGGCCACACCUGUUGCUGGCCAGGAGCAGGAGCAAUUGUCACCUGCUGAGGACAGCACAGUGCACACCAUCUACUCCCAAGUGCAGCGGGUGGAGGUCUGCAGCACCCUCCAUUGUGGGUUUUGGCCUCUGAGUGUCAACACAGCCCCAUGGCUGGUGAGGCAACAGUCCUGCUCAGUGCAAACCAGGGACGACGUGGGGGUAGAAGGAGAAAAGAGCACCUGUGGCAAGCCAGCUGCUGCUGCUGAUCCUUCACUCUCCACAUGGAAGCAGAAAGAAGUCCCCGCUGCUGAGCAUGCCUCCUGCACCACCAUCUACGCUGCAGCCACCGGUCUGCCCCCAGACACAGCCCUGGCUCCCAGCAGAGCCCUGCGCCCUGUGUGCACCCUCCCAGCAAAGCCACCUUCCCUCUCGCAGACACCAAGCCCUGAUGUGGAGCCCAAGACAGUAUACGCCAGUGUGAUGAGGCCCAUGGUCUGAUGCCCAGCCCAGUCUCCAGCUCUGCUCACUGCACACUGACAUCCCCAUUCCCGGCUGGAGGAAACCCCUCUUGUCCCUGGGGAAUUGGGGCAAAACCCUCUGGUACACGCCAACACCCACCACAGCUGAGCUGGGGCGAUGCCAAUGCGGAGGUGAGGGACAGCGGAGCAAAGAACAGGGCUGAAGCAAAGCAAGAAAUCUCACCAGGUUGUGACUAAGGGCAGCCAGUGAGAUGCUGAAGCACCAGGAAAGGGUAGAGGGGCUCUGGAUAUGACCCUGCAGCUCCGCAUGAGCAAGGGAGAGAGAAACAGCACCUUGGAGAGGAUGUCUCAACCCAUCAGCACUGUGGUGCAGCACUGGGAAGCAUAGCCAGAGCAGAUUUACAUUCCAACUUCAUUGCUGCCCUGUGGGUUUUCACCUUACAGUCUUAUCCUGUGGCCCCAGGUUCACUAGAGGGAGCUCAUUGCAAUGAGUGGCACUUGUGACUCUCAGGGAUAUGGGUUAAAUGACAAUGUAGAAAAAUCAGAAGUGAAUUUUUUUUUUGACAUCUGCUCCACAGUUGGUUAUGAAACUCCUGGGUUUUGGCCAAAGUGGUGAAGAAAGUUUUGCAAUCCCCUCAGGGCUGAGCCCUGCACCGGGGGCACCCGCAGCCCCUCACCCAUGCCCGGGGCAGCAGCCACGUCCCACUGCACUUUUCCAUCUCCAUCACACGAAGAGACAAGGAUCUUCCAGGCGGACCAUUUAAAGCUGAAUUUCUGACUGAGAAGGGGCAUGCAGCCCCUGCCUGGCCACCAUCCUCCUCAUAGCAUCUCCCAUCUUCCCUUUGGAAAUAUCCAGUGUGGGGAUGCUGGAGGAACCUGGAUGUGAGGGAUUUGGGCUGUCAACUCUUUCCAGCCUGCCCUCAGUCUGAGCUGUUUCAUAAUCCCAACAUAACUUGGCUCAUACAGCAGAUCUGAUUUUGUGUGCUGCUACUAAGGGAAAGGUAAAUAAAUUUAUAGUAAAGUCUUUUGGAAAGG